AUGACAUACAGUGUUCAUCUUCAAGGGGCCGGAGACUUUUACUCACCGCACAGUGCGAAGGAAAGCAAUGAAUAUCAAAAGGAGGGAACUGGAAUCAAGAGGAUGUUGAACUCGUUUGGGAACAAGUCUCAGCGUAUUUCAAAGGCAUUUGUAGGUUUUCUGCUGCAAAUUACUGGGAAUAGCUCCUCUAGGAAUGACGUCAUCCUAAUAACUACAAUUUCUCGCACGGUGCAAUCGUCUUUUGUUGGUAACCCAUAAAAGGGAAUGCUAUUGUGCGCGUAGAAUAGCUAUUCUUUGACGACUUUCGUAAUCGGAAUGGUCAAGAGAACCGAAGGCGCUGACCAGUUUCUGUUCGUUUGUUUGCUUUUGAGGUCAAAAUGCGCGCAGCGAAACGGAAGUGCACUCUUUGACUGUAAUUUGUAGGGUCUAGCCGGGGUUUUGAACAGACAUUUGGUGUUUGCGAGUAGCUUUUGCAUCACUCUUUGUUGUACAGCAGCUAUUAUAUAGUUUGUAAAAAUUAACUAGCGAUUAAAUUUUGUCAUCUAUAUAAUUUUAGGUCAUCAAAAAAAAAUAGUAUAUAUUUUGAGGCCGAAAUGACCUUGUUAGUCCUUGAAAACAUUAUAUUUUGGACAGCAUUUUGCACCUGCUUUCCAUCCCGAUGUCUUGGUUGCAGUUCUGUCAGCCAGUUUUUGUUACAGAGCGAAAGAAAAGCUUGGUCAGCCAUCCAAAAAAAAGGCGUUAAAUCUUCGCUUUUUUCUCUGUCUUUACCACGAAUGUGUCUGAAUACAGUUAAAGCCUUGUACUUUGUUCCGUAAUACGUGGAUUUUUUUGGGUGAUCGCUGCAUUAUUUUGUAAAAUUUGAAUAUUUCUAACGUUUAAAGUAAUAUUACCUAUAUAACUUUUGAAUUUUAAGUGUAAACUAUGUUAAAAUUUUCUCCCGUUUAUUUAAAAUACUCCAUAUUACCUUUUACCCUUUGAAACACCUUAUCUUACCUUCAAAUCCCAGCUUUUUUCCCUUUCGUAUAACAUGUCCACUCACGAAAAAUAGAAACUCGGGCGCGAGCCGGAGAGAUAGCCGAGACGCGUGUUCGGCUUCAACUUCUGUGCCUUCAACGACGUUUCUUUUCUCUUUACGUGAUAUUUUUUGUAAAACGGUUCGUCUGAUAACAGACAAUUUUUUUGCACGUGGUCUGCUGAUGUUUUUAGGUAUGUUUGAGUGGAAAGUUUGGGUUAAUGUAGGUGUGCUAGGAGCCCAAAGUGAUCUGGAAGCUUCUCAAAUUGCAUACGUAUGAUUUUGCAAAUAAAGGCCAAUGAUUCAGAGACAUUUUUGAUUGUAUUGUACUAUUGUAAUAGGCGCGAAAUGUGGGCGUUGAGGAUUGAUGGGACCAUACCUGACAAAGGACUAAACGGCUGUGUAUUUUGUCGGAGAGGGUUAAUGAACUCUUACCGAAGUGUUUGAGCAACUGUGUUGUAAUUUUUAUCGUCCAGCUUAUUAUCCUUCUCAUCAAGUUUGUUGUUGACAAAAUAUUUCCUGUUUGUCACGAAUUUCUUUUGAGGUUUGAAGUCUUUAUUUCCAUUACCAGGUCAGUUGAUCCUUGAAACCCUCCACUUGGAUGUAAACACCAGUAUUUUUCUUUUAAUUUAUGUCCAACCAACUGCAAAUUUCUUUUUCACGCUUUUUAUUAUUUUUCGGACCUUUUCGUCUCUUUUUCAGUUGUACUCCCCGUGGCCUAAAAAAGGCCUUCGAUGUUUGUGGCUGGAACGAACCGGCCUCAAGCCAGUAAACCGAAGCCCGCUCGCGCAUUUAUUAUGUGGUGCACGUUUGACUCAGGUUUAAUAUUUCUUUUUUUGCAGGGUAGUACCAUGGCUUCCUACGGACAGCCACAAAACCAAUGGCUGGGCUUUGCUGAAGGAUACGCCGACGAUGUAAGUUUGUUUGCCAUUGAUUGCUUGAGAUUUUAGUGAGUUAUGGAUUAAAUUAUGUUGUAUUUGACAUGAACCCUGGUCUGUCUGUUUGGAAAACUUCUUUAGAAUACCCGGUAUUCUCCCCUUUGGCUGAAAUUUGUUAUGAUGAUACAUGACGAGUUGAAAAGCCGUCGAAUAUACAUUCACGUCAAUAAUUCUCUAUUGUUCAGGUUAUCCGCCACACGAAGCACUACCUUCCCCAUGUUGCCCGCCUCUGUCUUGUCUCCACUUUCAUCGAAGACGGCUUCCGUAUGUGGGCUCAAUGGGAAGACCAACGUCAGUUCAUGCAAGAGUCUUGGCAUUGCGGAUGGUUCUUAGCCACCUUAUUUGUUGUCUUCAACUUUUUCGGUCAAUUCGUUCCAGUUGGUAUGGUAAUGUUCAGAAAACGAAUUGGAAUUGCCGUCGCUCUCCUUGGAACUGUAGUCGUUCUUCAAACCGUUGCAUAUCAUAUUUUAUGGGAUCUGAAGUUUUUGGCUAGGUAAGGAAUUGCUAAAACCAUUAGAUUUUUCGUGUUCUUUUACGGUUUAUCUUUUAUUGUUUAGAAACGUCGCUGUUGGAGGAGCCUUGGUCCUGUUGUAUGCCGAAACUUUGGAAGAACAACGUUCCCUCUUCGCUGGAGUCCCUCAAAUCGGCGACAACAACAAGCCUAAAUCUUAUAUGCUGUUGGCCGGCCGAUUUCUUUUGAUCUUCAUGUUCUUGUCUCUGCUCCACUUUGAUAUGACUUUCCUCCAAACUGUAAGCCUUUUUUGAUUGAGUUCUUUUGUUUUUAGGCAGAUUAUGAACUGAAGCGACUGUGUUAUGCAAGGAAUCUUCUAAUCUUGUCGUUUUCAGAUCGAAAUUAUCGUCGGAGUUGUUCUAAUGACCUUGAUCGCUGUUGGAUACAAGACAAAACUGUCGGCUCUCGUCCUAGUUGUCUGGCUGUUUGGUCUGAACUUGUGGCUCAAUGCAUGGUGGAAUGUCCCAUCUGACCGAUUCUUCCGCGACUUUAUGAAAUACGACUUCUUCCAGACGAUGUCAGUGAUUGGUGGUCUUCUCCUUGUCAUCUAUUAUGGUCCUGGUGGUGUCUCGGUCGACGACUACAAGAAACGCUGGUAG